AUGCCAUGCUCGUGGAUGAGCCUGGACGCCAUGGACAUUAGUGGGGAGCUGCAGCUGGGUGUGGAUCACGAGAUUUACAGGAGGCGGCUUGAUCCCACGGGAGACGCCCUGGACAAUGAAGAGCAGCAUGACAUCACGCUGGGAAAAUCCCCCCGCGAAAGAGAACUGAAAGAGGAGUACUGCGGAAGCUGCUACGGGGCAGAGGAGAGGGAUGGUCAGUGCUGCAAUACAUGCACUGAGGUCCACGACGCUUACCGCAAGAAGGGGUGGGCCGUAAAGGCGGCCUCGGGGGUGGAGCAGUGCGAGAGCGAGGGCGAGGAGCACCGGCUGCGCGAGCAGCAGGGGGAGGGCUGCGCACUGUGGGGUAGCCUGUCCGUCAACAAAGUGGCCGGAAACUUCCACUUCGCCCCUGGCAGGUCUUACCAGAGGGGGUCCGUCCACGUGCACGACCUGGUGCCCUUUCAGGACAAGGACAUCGACUUCAGCCACCACAUAGUGUCCCUGAGCUUCGGCACCGUGUACCCGGGGAUGGUGAACCCGCUGGACGGUGUGGCCGUGCAGCAGGCCAACCGGGACAACGCCCAGGGGCAGCCCGGCAUGUUCCAAUACUUUCUGAAGACCUCGGGUUUGUCCCCGGAGCACAAACUGCCUGGAGUAUUUUUUUUCUACGACUUGUCACCAAUCAAAGUGGAGAUAAGAGAAUACAAGGAUUCCUUCCUGCACUUCCUCACGAAUGUGUGUGCCAUAGUUGGCGGCAUAUUCACAGUGGCGGGUCUCUUAGACGGGAUGGUGUAUUUUGGACACAACGCCCUAAAGAAGAAAGUGGAGCUGGGAAAAUUGAGUUAG